AUGCUCUAUAAAAGCGAAGAAAGCAAGUUAGGGUUUCUCCUAUUGCUCAGAGAAGUCAGUAGCAGCCGCUUCUCCACUUUCAGAGUCAGCGACCUUCUCCUAUCCCCAACCAUGACUAAGAGAACGAAGAAGGCUGGAAUCGUUGGGAAAUAUGGUACCCGUUAUGGUGCCAGUCUGCGUAAGCAGAUUAAGAAGAUGGAAGUCAGUCAGCACAGCAAGUAUUUCUGUGAAUUCUGCGGCAAGUAUGCUGUGAAGAGGAAGGCUGUUGGCAUCUGGGGAUGCAAGGACUGUGGCAAAGUGAAGGCUGGUGGUGCCUAUACUUUGAACACUGCUGCAGCUGUUACAGUUAGAAGCACCAUCAGGAGGCUGAGGGAGCAAACUGAGAGUUAAGCUGCUGUUGGUGUACUCUUCUGUGUGUCGGGCAAUUUCAGCUUUUUGUAGGCUUUCAAACAGUUUUGAGAAAUUCUUCUCCUAUUACUUGUUAUUUUAUUUUCAAGAACUAUGGAUGUCAUUGUUGACUUGUGGUAGCAUCUUUAAUCAGAGAUUAUUAUUAUUUCGCUGUCUUGGAAGUUAUUCGGUUGCUAGUGCAAUGGAAUUAUUAAUCAAUGACUCAAUUUCUGUUUUA